UUAUUAACCUUCAAAUUUCCAGGUAAAGCACCAAAUGGUUCAGGAACUCAGCCAAAAUGUUCCAGGGUUGGGGGAGAAAAAAUAAAAACCAGAAACAUAACUAAAGAUUUACCAGCUAGCGUUCCAUCCGCCACUGUAAAAUCAAACAUUCAAUUAAAAUCAGUAAAAAACUUGGAAAGUGAGACAAAAAGUUGCAACUCUGGUAGUGAUGAUGCGCCAUUGUUAGCGAAACAAAAAAAUGAUCAAUCAACUACUGUCACAUCACAUUGCCACGUUAAUCAUGUUUGUAAGGAGGAAAAAUCUCGGAUAAAAAUGACAAUAGGGGAUUCCCCACUACUUAAAAACUCAUCAAGCUCCUCCCCACUCCCAAAAAUGCAAAUUAAUCAAUUAUCAUCGAGCCCUGGUCAGAGAUACACAGAUGAUGACUUGGCUAUUUUGGACUCACCUGGAUAUGAUGACUCGGCAUUUAUGGAUGAAGAUUCGUCGCCUUCUUCUGGGCAGGAUUCGUCUGGUGGGGGAUUGCGUAAUGAUACAAACAUAUUGCACAAUAAUUCAGAUAUAUUGUGCAAUAGAACUAGCAUAUUGCGAAAUAGAGAUGGAAAGAAAAAGAUGCGACAUUCGAUAUCUGCAAUAUGGAGAAAAAGCUUCGGAAACUCUUCGUCCCUUGGAAUUGUCCACGAGAACAUGAGAUCGGACGGUGAGAGUGAUCAGGCAUCGGAACCGUCAUCCGAUGAAGUGCAAAGUCCUGUGAAAGUGCGACUAAGGUCACAACCAACAAUGUUACAACGAAGAUUCAGCCAGCAAGACAUCACGAAGCGUCUAUCCCUUCCUGCAAACGUUCAACUCCCCACAGAUUAUCUUCAAAAAAUUACCGUUAAUUCUCCGGGUUUUAACAAUCAGCCUAUGUCAAGAAAACUGAGAAGAGCUUCACUGUCCGAAAUUGGUUUUGGGAAACUGGAAUCGUACACGAAGCUUGACAAACUGGGAGAGGGCACGUAUGCCACGGUUUUCAAAGGCCGAAGCAAACUGACAGAUAAUCUGGUUGCUUUGAAGGAAAUUCGACUUGAACAUGAGGAAGGGGCUCCAUGUACAGCGAUAAGAGAAGUUUCAUUACUCAAAGACUUGAAACAAGCAAAUAUUGUUACACUGCACGACAUCGUUCACACAAAGAAAUCUUUGACUUUGGUGUUUGAGUAUUUGGACCGGGAUUUGAAGCAAUACAUGGAUGACUGCGGCAGCAUCAUGAGUAUGAACAACGUUCGCUUGUUUUUAUUCCAGUUAUUGAGAGGGCUCAAGUAUUGCCAUAAAAGAAGAAUCUUGCAUCGAGAUCUGAAACCCCAAAAUCUACUGAUCAAUGAUAAAGGAGAAUUGAAGCUUGCAGACUUCGGACUUGCUAGAGCAAAAUCAGUUCCCACCAAAACGUAUUCAAACGAGGUCGUUACCUUGUGGUACCGACCACCAGAUGUCCUACUUGGGUCAACGGAAUAUAACCAAUCCAUCGAUAUGUGGGGAGUUGGCUGUAUAUUUUAUGAGAUGGCAGCAGGACGUCCACUCUUUCCGGGAUCAACUGUAACUGACCAACUACAUCUCAUAUUCAAAACACUCGGCACUCCCACAGAAAAAAUGUGGCGAGGAGUUUCUCAACUACCUGAGUACAGGCACCACAGCAAGAAGAUUUAUCCUGGGGAGUCUUUAAUCAGCAUCUGUCCAAGAUUGGACCACGAUGGGCUUGAUCUGCUUGGAAAAUUCUUAGAGUUUGAUCCUCAGAAACGUAUUUCUGCAGAAGACGCCGUUCAUCACCCGUUCUUCAAGACUUUGGGACCAAGCGUACAUCGCCUACCAGACACUGUUUCCAUAUUUACACUUCCUGAAUGUUCAGUGACCCGUAACCCAGGGUCACGUAAUUCCUCAUUCCCUCACCAAUCCAGCGGUAAAGGACGACGACAGUCUAUGCUGUUUUGAGGCAACAGUGCUGCCUAGUAACAAAGAAAAGACAUACACGCCGCCAAUGGUAACAGUUGCUUAUAGCAACAAUAAAGAAGCGUAGCGCCUGGCAACAAUAUUGUUGCCACGGUGAAGUGAGGGUCAUGUAUGGUGAUUUUUCUCCAAGAAUGUGAUAUAAAUGUUUGUGAUUCAUACUUUCCUGGUCUGAAUGUAUUUUUACCAAAAGUUAUCCCCGAUUGAUCAGUAAUUUAAAAUGCAUCCUACACAGAAAAAAAAAGAGUGCUAACAAUUUAUGGAGCUUAAAUAUCUUUGCAGUCUUGAUCGGGAAAUUCAACUUGUUUGAAUAUACUUCUCUACUUUUACCAAUUUUGAAUACAUUCUAAUUGGAGUUCCUACAAAGCUUGAUGUUUAUGUAUAAAACAAAAAGCCUCUGCAUGAUUCAUACUAUUUUUCUGUGUGGGAUGGAUUUGAAAUGAGUUCUGUCAUAAUCUUUGCACAUUCUGGGUUUGAGACCAUUCCUAGAGACGAGAGGCAAUUGCUGUUUUUAUAUUUUACCAAUUGAAUAUUGACGUACUGUGAUUUUAAUCAGAUAUU